UUUAUAACGUUAAGCUUUCCUGACAUAUGUAACAUCUCAACUUGGUAGAUGGAUACAGCUUACAGAAUUGAAAAAUAAUGGUUAUAUUUAAUCAUGUCUUUUAUAUAUUUUCAUUGUAAUAUAAAAAAAAAAAAAUCAAAAGUUGAAGGAGAGACUAAAUUUACGACACCUCACGAAAUCCCUUGUACGUAUUUAGUUACGGCCUCUUCGUUCGUGGGUUUGACUUUGGUCGAUGUCGGUAAAUCAUGGCCCUGUGAAUUGUGAGGUUGAUUUAUUGAACUCAAUUCCUUCUCAUCAAGUUUAUAUUAUUGUUCUAACAAUAUCUAUUGCUGCGAGAACAAUGGAAUCGUUCGGUGUUGUUGUGGUCGGUAUUGGAAUGGCUGGGCAAAUACGUAUUAGAGAUUUACGGAACUUGCCUGCAGACAAACCAAAUUUACAACGUUUGAAGCUUAUCGGAUACGUAUCUCGACGCAAGCUUGACCUAGAUUUGUUGUCUUUGACCUUACAAGAGGCCUUGAAUCGAUCUGAUGUUCAUGUUAUUAUAAUUUGUACUGAAGCAGAGGCACAUGAAGAGACAAUUAGGAAAUCAUUGGAGGCUGGGAAGCAUGUAUUGGUAGAAUAUCCAAUUGUUAUGAACGUUACAGUGGCAAAAGAACUCUAUCAGAUGGCUUCUAGUAAAGGUGUGGUUCUUCAUGAAGAAAACAUUGGAUUGCUUUCCCUUGCUUUACUUCAGCUGAAAAAAGAUUUAGAAAAUAAACCACCUCUGCAGGAAGCACAGCUUGCUCACCAUGUUUCAUUGGGGAGAUUGAGUGAAAAUAUGACCAAAGAGAAGACACCUUUUAUUGCACACCAGAGCAUGGUAAAAGCAGCUAUAUUUUUGUUUGAGAAUUUAACGGCUGUUGGAGGGCAAUUUACAGAGAAGGACGAUUGUUUUGAAGCCAUUGCUGACCUAAGAACAUCAGAAGACAAGAAAGUUCAAAUGAAACUGUGCUUGUUUAAAGAAAAAGGUAUUUGGAAAAAAGAAUACUUCCUGAAGUUUAACGAUGGGAGUGUUAUUGAUAAACUUCCACCAGAACUUGUAAGGAAAACCAGAUCUGGACUUGGAAUGUUUAUGGAAGAUCUCCUUCACUUUUCUGAAAAAUUACUUGGAGUAAGAGAUGUCCAUGACACAGAAGAAUUGACUAUAAAAACGAUCGACCUUAUUGAAAAGGUUCAUAGUUAUUUCUAAUGCAAAAUUUCGAAUUUAUAUUCCUCUGGAAAUUGUAGGCUUAACUCUUUAGCAUUCAGAUUACUCUGUCAAAUGUAAUGCUUAUUUAUUCACUUUGUUUUAAAUUAAUCAUGCAUUAUCUCAUAGGUUUUGAUGAUGUGAUUGUUUAUUUUUAGAAUGACAUUUUUGGGUAGGUGUGAGAGGCCAGAUCUGUCUGGUCUGAACAUAAAACAGGUAGAAUAUUUUUGUCAGAUAUGGUUGGUUUAAAUGCUAAAGGCUUAAGAAUUUCUAGAAAGGACUUACUGGGAGCUAUAUUAGCAGGGUUGAUGAGGAAAACAAAAAAAAUGUUCUUAAUUUUUCUCGAUGGCAAACUUCUUUCGAGAUUAAAUGAGAAAGAAUUUUCGUAAUUUCUGGACAUUUGAAUCGCAUUUAAUUCCAAAUACUCAAUUUUUGAAAGAAUUUUAUCUUUCCCUUUUGAUCUCAGGACAAAUACUCAAUUUUUGCGGGAAUUUUAUCUUUUUUUUUCUUUCAUCCAUGAUGAAGGGACAUCUGAUGCAUAAUACUCACAAAAUAUUAUUACUCUGGUAUAUGUAUUUUCCAAAUUCUAACUCCUCCCCUCCAAAAAGAAGAGAAAGAAUCAUGUAUGUUACUUGUGCAUAUUUUAGUAUUGGAAAAGUAUCUACUUUGUAAAUCAGCCUCCCUGAACAUGCUAACUUUGAUGACUCUCUGUUUCUUGGUUGUUGCCAAUACAUUUCAUGGCAACCCUGAAUUACAAUAUAUAUAAUGCAAUAAGAUUUUUAACAUUAGCUUAUAGUAGUUGCAUGCUUUGGGUGAGGAAGAAGUUAAUUAAUCCAUCACUUGACAGAUUUAUUAAAUAGUUUCCAGUAGAACCAAAGACAAGUUGACACUGCCAUGAUUUAAAUUCUAUACAUAAAAAAUUCUUAUCAUCAUCAUUUAAUGCCCAUUUUUCAUGCUGGCAUGGGUUGGAUGGCUUGAUGGAAGGUGGCAAGCCAAAGGGCUGCAGGCUGCAGUUGUCUGUUUUGGCAAGGUUUCUAUGGCUGGAUGCCCUUCCUAAUGUUGACUACUUUAGAGUGUACUGGGCGUUUUUUACAUGGUGUCAGCAUGAGUGUUUCUCUUUACGUAGCACUGGCAUGGGUGCAUUUCUAUGCAAUGCCACCACAGGUGCUUCCUUAUGUGGUACCAGCACAGGUGCUUUUUACAUGGUGCUGGCAUCUGAUCUUGAAAGAAGUCUGCCAUCAAGAAAAAUUAAGAACAUUCCUUUGUUUUUCUUUUUUUUUUUAACAUCAGACCCUACUAUUAUAGCUCCCAGUACGUCCUUUCUGGGAAUUCUUAAGCCUACAAUUUCAAGAGGAAUAAAAAUGGGAAAUUUUAUGUUAAAAAUAACUAAACCAGUUAAUCUUUUCAAACAAUUCUUUUUAAAACUUCAAUAUUAAAACUCUAUUAAUUCAGCUAAGAAUUUUAUCAGCUGAACUCAAUGACUCAAUUUUUUAACCAGCAGGCAAUAGUGUUGAAGAACUCCACUUCACAUUCCAGAAUUGGUCAGAACUAUUUAUAUGAAAAUUGUACCAUUACAAUUGUAGCUUUAUAAUUGUGCUAUUGGAAGAAGAAUUGAAUAUUAACAUCUUUCUACAUUGAGCUAUUCUAACACUAUUUGGAACAUUCCCAGUAAGCAAUAACUCUGUAAAAAAUGAAAAAAUGCUAACAAACCAAAGUAACAGCUAAUGUACCUGAGAAACUUCAAAUUUUCUUAAAUAUUCUAAUUCAAAUUGUGCAUUAAAAUAAGUCCAACUUUCCUUA